AUGCGAGAAAGAUGCGAUGCCGCCAGCCUAGGUGUUCCGUGCACGAACUGCGUCGCCUUUUCCAUCGAGUGCAAGAUUCCCACGCCGAAGAGGAAGAAGGUUGCCGGAGCUACAAAGUCACGGGACGGUGAUGAUGAGUCUUCGGAACGGCAAGGCUCGGUACAAGGCCCGUCGCCGUCGCCUGUGGAUGACAUCCGCAUGAACUUCAACAAAACUCCGCAAGCUACAGUUUUACCUCACCAGGACGGGACCCCAAACGCAGGCUUUCCGGAAGCUAAAUCGGCCCAGGUCGCCGCCGACAAUAGGACCCUUACUCAGUUCAUGAAGCCCAAGUUUGCCAGGGCUCCCAUUAAAGAGGCUGGAAGGGUUGCGUAUUUAGGUGAAUCAUCAAAUCUCAGCUUACUAGUUCACGAGAAACAUGGCACGCCGGACGUUGUGCAUUAUCCCCUGCCAGAGAAUGUUCGAGGGUCUAGGGCUAGGUUAACAGAGCUGGACACUAUUGAGAUUGAUAUCCUCCACCAACGGGGUGCUUUCCUGUUGCCUCCAAGAGCUCUCUGCGAUGAAUUGGUCGAAGCGUACUUUAAAUGGAUUGCCCCGAUUGUACCCGUCAUCAACAGGAGCAGGUUCAUGCGGCGAUAUCGAGAUCCCGAGAAUGCACCAUCACUCUUGCUAUUGCAGAGCAUAUUGCUUGCUGGAUCAAGAGUGUGCACGAAUCCGCAAUUGAUGGAUGCUUCUGGAUCUACUACCCCGGCAGCUAUGACCUUUUACAAGAGAGCUAAGGCAUUGUAUGAUGCAAACUAUGAGGACGACCGCGUUACGAUUGUACAGUCGUUGGUGUUGAUGGGGUGGUAUUGGGAGGGACCUGAAGACGUGACAAAGAAUGUAUUUUACUGGAGCCGCGUAGCUACUACUGUAGCUCAGGGUUCUGGUAUGCAUAGGAGCGUUGAACACUCUCAAUUAAGCAAAGCAGACAAAAGGCUAUGGAGACGAAUAUGGUGGACACUCUUUACUAGGGAUCGAAUGGUGGCUGUUGCUCUUGGAAGACCAGUGCACAUUAACACCGACGAUUCGGAUGUUGAGAUGGUCCAAGAGGAUGAUUUCUUGGAAGACGAGGCCGGGUUCCCUGCGGAAUACCCACCAGAUCCCCUCCAUAUCCAAUUCUUCCUUCACCAUGUUAAGUUGUGUGAAAUUAUGGGAUUGGUAUUGUCCCAGCAGUACUCGGUGGCGUCCAAAGCGAAGAGGCAGAACGCGAUUGAUCUAAUCCACAGCGAUCUCGCACUUGCCGACUGGAUGUUGCACGUGCCGCCAGACAUGCGCUAUCACGUUGAGGAUAAGUCGAGGCAAAACUUCUGGGCGGCCUUGCUUCAUUCUACUUAUUACACAACCCUGUGCUUGCUUCAUCGGGCCCAUAUGCCGCCGGUGAGCACUGCUCCCAGCGGAAUGGAGGAUACCUCCUACCCUUCGCGGAAUAUUGCUUUCAGGGCUGCAACGGCUAUUACUUCCAUCAUUGAUAAUUUAGCCGAACAUGAUCAGCUCAGAUACUGCCCUGCAUUCAUUGUGUACAGUCUCUUCUCAGCCUUGAUCAUGCAUGUGUACCAGAAUCGUUCAGUAAACCCGACAGUGGUUGCUGACUCUAAGGAACGCAUGAGAAAGUGCAUGAGGUCCCUAAAGGAGAUCUCGAAUGUGUGGGUUGUAGCAAAGAUGGUGUACACACUUUUUGAGUCUAUUCUAGGGAAUAAAGCCCUGGAGGAGCGGCUCCAAAAGUCUACCGGACGCCGCCAUCACCCCCGGAAGCAUCGGCAGAACCGGUCUAUUAGGGAAAGCUCGACUUCUGCGGAAGCUCGCAGUACCACUGAACCCAUCAAGAGGAAAUUUGAUGAGAUGGAGAUUGGCGGUCAUCCUGGAAGGCCGGUGCCUAACAUGUCAUACGAAAGAUCUAGGCCUCAGACACCAGCCCCAGCUCCAGGAAGCAUCCAGAACAACAACGCGACGGGCAUGUCGGCCCCGGGCAACACAACUCCGCACCUCCGACAGGGAACAGAUAUAUUCAUGGGUGGACAGAGCCAGGGAGGAACCCGCCCCCCUACUCCAUUCCAACAGCCGAACGCGUCCGUUCCAGCCACCCCCCCAGACCUUUUCUUGGUCACACGAUCUUCCCCACCAAUCCCCCAAAGUUUGUGGGAGAAUUUCCAACCGGGCCAGCUCUUUCCAGACGAUUCUGGAAUCUCAUACCUAUCACCGCCGAAUCACAAUAGUAAUUCGGCGCUAGACCCACAACUAGCGAGCCCAUCCAUGCCAUUAUCACAGCAUUCGAUGAAUCAGCACAUGCAAAAUCAGAUGCAAGGCACGUCGCCGAUCCCCACCAGCGGCAUGCAGAGCACAGGCAUCCCCCAACAGCCCGCCUGGCCGAGCCCAUUCGAUAUUGAUCCGAAUGGGACCAUGGGCCCUGGGAGUAGCCCUGAGGACACCUGGAGUAAUAGCAGUGCUGACAAGAUAGUUCCGACGACGUUGAAUGUUGAGGAUUGGUAUGAUUAUUUCCCCCCUCUUCUUGCUCUUGGUUUAGAGACUCUAAUGCCGGACGCGUAA